AUGGGUAUGCGCAAGGGGCUACAUAUCAUUUCUACGGACCUCAGUGAAACUGUUGAAGACCAUGGUGAAGACAAUGUUGAAGACAAUGGUGACGACCAUGGUGACGACAAUGUUGAAGACCAUGGUGAUGGCGAUGACACUGUUGAAAACCAUGGUGAAGACAAGGUUGAAGACCGUGGCUGCCAAUCAAAUUCUCAUGAUGGUAAUGAGUAUUUGCGAUUAAGACAACUGACGAUUGAGAAGAACAAUAAAAAACUAAGAGAACUAGGAAUUAAAAACAUUAUAAAGUCUUCAGCUAGUUUGGAAGAAAGUCAAAAAACAAAGAAAAAAACCAUGAAGAAGCAAUACCGUCCACAAUAUAUUCCACCAAUGUCUUCGAAUAGAGUUGCUAAUCUAAUGAAGCUACGUCGAGUCGUUGCUCCAAAUGUCUCUCAAAAGCUUUCCUCAACUUCAAAUACAACAAAACCAAAUAAACAACCAACAGUUACCAUGAGUGAAAUAAUCAAAGGUGAUAAAGGAGGAGCAAAGAAAAAGUUGGUUCUUGUUGAUGAGGAUGAUGAGAUAUUUCAAGGGGAUAUAGAAGUAGAUGAUGUUGAUCAACAUGAGAUACAGAUGGCAGAUCAUGACUAUUCUAAUGAUGAAGACAGUAUUCAUGAACAAAUACAAGGCCUUGAAAAACAAAAGGCAACAAGUUCUAAUGUAAAAGGUAAUAGUAUAGGUAGGCGUAAGAGGCUACAUAUCACUUCUACCAUCUCAACUGAGCGUGUUGAAGACCAUGUUGACGACGACCAAGUUGAAGACCACCAAGUUUUUGAAACUCAAGGUCAUCAAGCUAGUGAAAUACAAGGUGCUCCUAAAAGGGUUCGAGGCUAUACAACAAAAGCUGAAAUUUGGAAGAUGGAUAGUACAAAAAGAAUAGCUGUCACAUUCAACAAGUCUGGAAAGCCUGUUGGGGCUGAAGCUAAUGAACUUGCUCAAUUCCUUGGGACGCUCGCAAGGAUGGCUGAUCAUGUAUCCAUAGAAUAUUCUGACUGGAGGAAAAUUCCAAUACAAAAAAAAGAGGACAUGUAUUCACUCGUUAAGUCUAAAUUUGUUAUUCAUCCAAAUGAAACAAACGAGAUUAAAAAUUGGAUCUUUCAAAGCAUCGGAAAAAAAUGGAGAGAAUGGAAAGGUUCUUUAAAGGCAUGUGCAUAUGAUCCAAGCCUUACUGUUGAUGAAAUUGUGGCACAACAAGUUAAAAAUGAUGACCGAGUGAAUCCAACUCAAUUUAAAGAACUUGUUACUCGUUGGUUCACUCCGGAAUUUCAGACUACAUGCGAUGUUAAAAGAAUGAGCCGCUCAAAGAUGAAGGAGCCUCAUGUUAGUGGGACAAAGUCGUUUGCUAGACUUGCUCAUGAAAUGGCAAUGAAGAAUAAUGGUAUACAUCCAACACGAGGAGAAAUGUAUAUAAAAACUCGCACUCGUAAAGAUGGAAGCAUUGUUGAUGAUAACGCUACUCAAGUUGUGGUAAUGUUUCAUUAA